AUGGCUGAUUUCAAAUGGGAGGUGGGUUCCUACUUUAGUUCAAAGGAUGAUUUCAAAGAGGCAAUCACAUCAUAUGAUGUUCACAGUGGAAGAAACCUAAAGUUUACCAAAAAUGAUAAGGUAAGAGUGAGGGUAAAGUGUAAGGAUGGAUGUGAUUGGGAAGCCUAUUGUGCCAAAUCCUCAAGGGAAGCAACUUGGCAAUUAAGGAAGGUGAAUGAUGUACAUAGUUGCAGUAGGGAUUAUAAUGUGAAAAUGAUGACUACCAAGUGGCUGAGCAAGAGGUUACAAAACUCCUUAAAAAUCAAUCCUAGGAUGAAAAUCAAAGAUAUCGAGGCAAAGGCACAAAAGAAAUGGAAUGUAGGUGUGAACAAAACCAAAGCAAUUAGGGCAAGGGUUAAAGCAAGAGAUAUGGUUGAUGGAUCAUUCCUAGGGGAUUACACUAGAAUCUAUGAUUAUUAUCAUGAAUUGCUAAGAACAAAUCCAUGUUCCACAGUGAAGGUUGGUGUUGAACCAUCUCAAGAAGGCUCACAAAAUCAUUUUCCAUACUCCAAAAGGUUGUAUAUAUGCCUUGCAUCAUGUAAGCAAAGUUUUAAGUUUUCUAGGCAUGUAAUAGGGUUGGAUGGUUGUUUUCUCAAGGGGCUAUGUGGAGGGCAAAUACUAGCUGCUAUAGGUAGGGAUCCAAAUGAUCAAAUGCUACCUAUAGCAUUUGCAGUGGUAGAAGGAGAAAAUAGGGACAGUUGGACAUGGUUCUUGGAGUUAUUGAUUGAUGACCUUGGUGGAAAAAAUGAGUGCCUCACAUACACAUUCAUGUCAGACCAGCAAAAGGGAUUAUUGCCAGCCAUGGAUGAACUGUUGCCCAAUGUAGAGCAAAGAUUCUGUGUCAGGCACUUGUACAACAAUUUCAGGAAAAGAUAUUCUGGGAAGAUACUUAAGGAAAUAAUUUGGAGGGCUGCUAAGACUACUUAUGCUCAGGCCUGGGAAAGAGAGAUGAAGAGGAUGAGGCUGAUAAAUGAAGAAGCAUACCUACAUAUGAUGAAGACACCUCCAAGAUUUUGGAGUAGAUCUUAUUUUAGAGGGACUAAUAAAUGUGAUGCUGUAGUGAAUAACAUGUCUGAGUCUUUCAACAGUAUUAUUCUUGAGUCAAGGUCCAAACCCCUAGUGACCACGGUGGAGGAGAUCAGGACAUAUUGUAUGGAAAAAUGGGCAACAAAUAGAAUGAGGUUUCAAAAAUUGGCCGAUGAUGAUGUGUUGCCUAACAUCAAAAAGAAGGUUGAUAGAACGAGUACUUACACAAAUUCAUGGAUUGUGAGGAUGUCUGCUGAACACAUAUUUGAGGUUCAUCAUGUAGAAAACCCUGCAGAUAAAUUUGUUGUGAAUUUGAAGGAAUGUGUGUGCUCCUGUAGGAGGUGGGAAUUAACUGGACUUCCCUGUGUUCAUGCAUUGGCUAGCAUUAAAAGUAGGAACUUCAAGGUUGAGGAAUACAUCCCUGCCUAUUAUAGGAAGUCAAUGUACAUGAAAGUGUAUUCAUCUAUAAUUUAUCCUUUGAAUGGAUCAAAUCUAUGGGUCAGAACUGAAUAUCCAGAUGUGCUCCCUCCUAAGUAUAGGAGGAUGCUUGGAAGGCCUAAGAAAAGGAGAAAUUUGGAGCAAGGAGAGAUAGAUGGUUCUGACAAAAAAUGA